UGCUGAGCAAAAUCAGCUCAGCCACAUACCAAGCCUGAGGGCUUGCCAGCAAUGUUUUGAUGCCAGAGAACAAUGCAUCCAUUAUAUGGUCUUGAUACUUUCUACUGACUGUGAGGAAGGUAAUAAAAAGGCAAUGGAAUUGAUUGCUAAACUGCAAGAAGAUCCGCUCAUUGACCCAGCCUUGCAAUAUUUGGUUUUCCUCCCUGAUGGUGUCCAUGUAGGAAAAAGCCUAAAAUGCAGCUCUUGCAAUUGGUUUAUUGUGCUAAAGGAAGCGUGAAGUUGCCUAGCAGUUACUCAGACCCAGAUGACAACCCUGCCGUUCAAAAACCAUUGCGGUGAUUAUUGCGAGCAGAAGAUGUUCAAAACAAAGACCAAAUUAUAGUCAACCCAAUUUUACGGCUCUCCAAUGAAAGUGUCAUUAACACAGUGGACAAAGCAGUUCACCAGAUGGUCCCAGAAAAGUAUUGGUUUUUGAAAAAACCAACUCGGUAUGUACCACAUCCUGUGGCUAUAACCUUUGGAAAGCAAGGAAAGCUGCUGUUUAUUAAGAUUAAUCGUUUGAAGCAAACCUCACAUCUUGUAGAUGCUGACCUUCACAAUCCUGUUCGUUUGGAGGUGGUCAAGUCAGGACUACCAGACGUUGGGAGUGUGUGCUAUCUGAAGGAAGUUGGAGCAGCGAUUUUGUGCCAGCGAGAUGACUGCUUGUUGUAGAUUUAAAAAAUAAGAUUGUUCUUCGACCUGCUCGACUGCGGGAUCAUGCAUCUUUAGUUCAUGAGCUAACGAAGCGACAUCUCUCCUCUCAGGGGACGGUGAAAGUGCUCAAGGAGAGACUAACAGAACACCUACAAAUUGAAUGCCAGGCUCUGCAAUCGGAAGAUCAACUUCUGAAAUUGGAAAAAGAUUUGAGGCCAUCCAGUAUCUCCAAGCUUACUGACGGUAUGAUAGUCCAUGCCUCAGACAUGACGAAAGAGGUGUACACUAUCACAGUUUCUUCAAAUGGUCAUGUCUUGAGCGGAUCAGUAACACCAUUGCUUUCAUAUCCAGAAAGAUGCCAGCAUGUUCAAAGUAUGUGCCUUAGGAGUCAAAAUUAACUCUUCCUUGGAGACACCAAGGGUUUUUGGCAGUUCAGCAUGGCCCAGAAAACCUUGGAGAGUUGUUGUUCUUCAGAGUGAUCCCCUCCCAUUGUUUGCAUACAUUCUAUCUCUGCACUCCAAGAUGGAAGCAUAGCCUUUACAGACCAAGACAGCAGACAGCUUAAAAUACUACAAAGUGGGGGUGCAGUGAAAGUAAUCGUUGGGACCGGGGAGGAGAGCAACAAAAGUGGCUCUGGAAGUCAUUCCAUAUUUGGCCAACCAGUGGGCAUCUGCACCGAAGGAGCUGGCAUAUUUGUAACUGAUGGCCAAAUCGGUACAAUUAAGCUAGUAACAAAUCUCAAAGGAACUAUUGAGUUUUUGGAGAACCUCGGAAAGAUGUACCGUGCAUUCUCAGUGCAUCACAAGUACCAACAACACAAGAAUUGUACACUCAAGGAAGCACACCAGAUGGUCAAGGCAGUUUCUUCUUACUACAAUGGAACUGUUGAAAACAUGAAAUAAAGAAACAGUAUACCAAGCAAAACCAAUGGUCCACAGGGAACUAUUGCUGCCAAAACAGUUGUAUCCCGCAGUCUGUCUCGAGAGGCUAGAUAAAAACACUGACAUAUUGAGUCCAAGAUUCUCCAUUAAGCCAGAGGUUUGCCUCACAAUUCAGGUUGAAAAUGUACAUGCUGUCAGCCACUUCAAGCACCCGACUUGUACUCUACUGGAAUAUGCCAGGGACUUUGGCAACAACAUGAGAGUCUCUGAAACAAGCAACAAAGUGGUCGGCCUACUGCUUCACUCAUGCUAGCUCGUACUAUCCGGUUCCCAAGACAAAGGUACCCCUAACAGAUAUCCCAAAGAUAAAGCGUCUUCCUGUACUUGCUAUGACUAAGCAGGACCAGGAUUACAUGCGCCAGUGGGCCAGCAAGCAUGGCAAAGCCAUCAGACAGCUCUCAGUUCAUCAGAACAGCACCAAGCAUGUAGCAGGGACUCUUCCUCUAAACAUGUAUAGGAAAGAGCUACCUGUUGGCGAAAGAGUCACCAAAGAACCCAGUUCAGCUGAUGAUAUAGGUGACCGGCUGUGAGAGUAUGAGUCCAACUCCAGCAAAGAACAAGACAGUUCCAGCCACGAAGAAGAUGCAGUCGAGGCUGUUCCUGUAAACUUCCUAUCAAAGACAGUGUGCACACAUACAGGAUGACAGAUCACACUGUCAUAUUGCGCUAUUUCAUCAUACUGAGGUACAAAAAGCUAUUUCUUUUUUGCAGAAGCCUUAAAAACAUGCGUAAAUUCAAAAAUAUCAAUUGAAAGGACCAAUCUACAUCUUACAUUUAAUAGCUAUUGUACAAAUUAGGCUUUUUAAUGUAUUGUUUUUCAUUCUGGGAAAGAAAAACUGGGAUUCGGGAUACUGAUGAAAAACGUGCAGGACGCAGGAUUCUCGUGAAAAAGGAACAGGACUGCGGGAUCAGGACCCCCCCUUCCAGACCAUCGAAUAUGAAAUCCAAUUGCCUGUUGGUGCCUAUGUCCGUACAGAAAUAGAACAUGGAGGGAAAGACCCAAAUGAAAUCCUUUGCCUGGUUCCAGAUGAUCUGGGAGACUUUUAUGAGGAUCAAACCAUGUCCUGUAGAUCAUUGAAAAAGAGUUACAAAGUGUGUGACGUGGUUGGUAAACCGAUCGCACAAGUUCAGUAUUUUCUCAGUGAGACCUUCACAGAACUAUUGAAGAAUGGCAGAGUACAGACAGUGGAAGGUCACAGCAUCGUGGGAAAUCCGACCGCUAGCAAGAAGCCUCCAACAUCACAGAAAUGGGCUAUGCAUAAUAGGGAAGGAGGGGGUGCAGUUAUACCUUGCACUUGGAAGCUGAUUGUGAGUGACACUGAUGAUACUGACAGGGUGCAACAAAGGAUCCAAGCUACCCUAAAGAGAAUGGAGAACACAGGGCUCAGCAUAGAAAGGAUUGAGGUGAAUGCGGCUAGUUAUAAAUUAUAUUAGUGAUUUAUGGAUCCCAAGUCACUGAAACUGGCCUGGGUUAGCCUGCAAAAUAGAUGUGUAGACUUAUUUCUCUCUUUAACUUCAGCCCAGCAAAUUCAUAAAGAAACAAAAGAGAGUGUGGCGGUAAUAGCGACUCCAGUUAAGGUAAGUUUUAAGCCAUGCUGCCUCCUGCAUUUCAUUCUAGUAAGCAGUGAGUUGUGAAUGAUUAUUUCAAGAAAUCGAGAGAGCAGUACUGCAAAACUUUGAUUUUUCACUAGCAACAGCUCUACAUCUGCUAAUGUUUUGUUUUGCCACAUAGGACAUCUACCCAGUGGUGAAGACAAAAUAAUCCCAUGCAAUGAUUCAGCUGCUCAAGAUGGAGAAAUGCACAGAGAAAUAUGCCACCUGCAUUUGUAAGCUGUUUAUCUACGAGUACUAAAAACCUAGAUGUACUCUCCUCUACCUGUUUCCUAUCAUAAUUUUGAAAUCCACAGGUAGCAUGUACAAUUUAUUUGACAGUUGCGUAGCUGUAACAUGACCGAUCAUGAUUUUUCGCCAUUUAUUUGAAAUGAUCACGUAUGAGCUUGGGUGCAAAAUUGCUAGAUUGAUUGUUGCAAUUCUUAAGUUGGAAUUAAAGCAACCUUCACACAAGGGCACUUUACUUAACCUAUCAAUACCUAAAUCAACCACAUCAACUGAACCGAAAGUAUUAGCUAUGCUGUAGCACAACCACAAGAAUAAUACAUUGAUUCAAGUACAGCAUUUGACACGGUCAAUCACUCUACUCUGUUAUCCAAACUUGACUCAUAUGGUAUUUGAAGCAUUGAAAAUCAGUGGUUUAAGUCUUACUUGAGCAACAGGAAACAAAAGGUAUUUGUUAAUGGUAUCGAGUCUAGUUCUCUUUUAAUAAGCUCAGGUG